AUGUCCUUCUUGAAAAUCAAUAAUCUAUCGAACAUCGAUAAAGUCAACAUGCAAGCCAAAGUGGUUCUUUUGCUGUUAUUUGCUGGUGUUGCACUGGCUAUGAAUAUUGAUCAUGCUCAAACUCAACUGACACCCGAAGAAAUCCAACGUUUGUUCGACGGAUGGUUCAACAACGUGAACUUUAACUUCAAGCCAUUCGGAAAACGUGAUUUGAAAGACAUGACAGCAGAAGAAAUCCAACGUUUGUUCGACGGAUGGUUCAACAACGUGAACUUCAACUUCAAACCAUUCGGUAAACGUGAUUUGAAAGAUGUGACACCCGAAGAAAUCCAACGUUUGUUCGACGGAUGGUUCAACAACGUGAACAUCAACUUCAAACCAUUCGGAAAACGGGAAACAGAAGUACCAGAUACUCGCAAAGAUUGGACAGACGGUUGGUUCAGCAAUAUUGAUAUUACCAUUCCAUGGCCAUUUGGCAAACGAAGCAACGUUGCAGAAAUGACACCCGAAGAAAUUCAACGCUUGUUCGACGGAUGGUUCAACAACGUGAACUUCAACUUCAAACCAUUCGGUAAACGUGAUUUGAAAGAUAUGACAGCAGAAGAAAUCCAACGUUUGUUCGACGGAUGGUUCAACAACGUGAACUUCAACUUCAAACCAUUCGGUAAACGCGAUGCUGAACCACGACUCUUCCAAGGUUGGGGACAAAACUGGUCUGUCAACGGUAAACCACUCAGUCAAUUCUUUUCCGGACUCUUUGGCGGCAACAACAACAACGGUCAACAACCAACUGAAACUGAUGAUUAG